GUCACAUUUGUCAUUUUAAAAAGAAAGCACUGCAGCACAGCACCGAUACCUUUUUUUCUUUUUUCUAUUUUUCUUUGCAUCCAAAAGUAAAUCAUAAUGCAGCACUUCAGCGCUGUUCUUUCCAAUACAGCACUGCUGCUUGUCUGAUUGCCAUGGGAGAGAAACUUCUGAGUUGUCCUUUGCCUUCCACAUAGAGCAUUUCCUUAACUUGUUUCGGCCCAUCUUUUCGACCUCCAUCAAAGCGGAAUGUAACUUUGGCCACAAAAUUUAAUUUUUAUAGGUGUACAGCUUUUAUUGUUGCUUUCUGGAUUUUCCUACAUGGUGGCGACCAGGGAGGAGAGAAUUAAUUCCGGCUCAAACCAGAACAAGUCCUGAGAAGAACGACGUCAAGUUGUGAAAAAGCAUUAACCGGAAGAAUGUUCAAAUCAUGGAGCAAGAAGCAGAAGAUCAAAGCUGUAUUCAAAUUACAGUUCCAAGCUACACAGGUGCCAAAGAUGAAGAAAUCGGCUUUGAUGAUAUCUUUGGUGCCAGAUGAUGUGGGAAAGCCAACAGUGAAGCUUGAGAAAGCCGCAAUUCAAGAAGGAACUUGUAUCUGGGAGAAUCCUGUCUAUGAAACAGUAAAGCUUGUUAGGGAGAUAAAAACAGGAAAAAUCAAUGAGAAAAUUUACCAUUUUGUUGUUUCAACUGGAUCAUCAAAAUCUGGCUUUGUAGGUGAAGCUUCGAUUGAUUUUGCAGAUUUCGAGGCAGAGACUGAGCCCAUGACAGUUUCCCUUCCUCUUAAGUUUGCAAACUCCGGUGCCAUAUUACAUGUGACUAUUCACAAGAUGGAGGGGGAUAAUGACCAAAGAGAUUUUGAAGAGAAUGGAGCUGGGAUACUUCAACACGAGAAGAGCUUUAACAGCCAGCUUAGCUUUUCUAGUACAGAAGGAAGCCAUUAUCCCACAGAAAAUGGCAACCUAAAUACAUUACGUGAGGAUGCAGAACAAAAUGGCAAUUCUAGAGUGUCCCAUGACUCUAAUUCUGCUAAAUUUGCAUCAUACUGGGAUGAUAAUAACUAUGAAAAAAACACUCAACAGGAAGUCGGAUCAAUGAAGAAUGCUAUCCAAAGUCCUAACCUCUUGUCCCCUCCUCUUAGGCAGAAUUCCAUGCCUAAGAAGGCAGUGGUCGACACCAGUAGAGUGAAAAAUCAAGCACAUAGGCGAUCAAAUACAGAAUGGUCACUGGGUUCAGUUUCAGAUGGAAGUUUCGGAGACUCAGGAAAUAGCCUCGAAGAAAAUACUUCAAGAGAAAAGAUGCACCAGGCCCCAAAUAAUUUGAUUGAAAAAGUAAGAAAUGAAAAUGUUAUGCUCAUGAGAAAGCUAGAAGUAACAGACCUGGAGUUGCAGUCUCUUCGCAAACAGAUCACAAAGGAGACUAUACAAGGGCAGAAUCUAUCACGACAGAUCAUUUGCCUUACUGAGGAAAGAGAUGCACUUAAAACAGAGUGCAAACAACUCAAGUUCUCGAAGAAAUGUAAUGAUGAGGCAGAUGACUCAAAGACAUUGAAGUCUGAGAUUAAGGAAGCAAGGGUUCAGUUGGCAGCAAUAGGGGGGGAGCUUAAGCAGGAAACAGAACUACGAACCGAUCUUCAGCUACAACUACAGAAAACACAAGAGUCCAACUCUGAUUUAGUUCUUGCUGUGAGAGAUCUUGAAGAAAUGAUUGAGCUAAAAAAUAAGGUAAUAGCUGAUCUUUCAAGAAGCUUAGAAUCCUGGGAGAGUGAUCGAGAACAAAAAGAUGUUUACGAUUGUAAAGAGAAUAAUGGUGAGAACCGAAAACCCUCAAAAGAAUUGAUUCAAGAGUAUGACGAUAUCAAGGAAGUAGACUCGUUGAAACAGGAGAUCAAAGAUUUGAAUGGUGAAAUAGAAAUUCACAUGAAGAACAUAGAAGAGCUAGAGAUUCAUUUAGAAAAACUCAUGCUGGACAACGAGAUUCUAAAGCAAGAAAACAGAGACAUCUCUGCAAAGUUACAGAAAAACAAGACAGAAUAUCUCAUAAAACAGAAAGAAUACUCGGAUUCUCUGGUUGUUAUAAAAGAGCUUGAAUCGCAAAUAGAAAGACUAGAAGAAAAACUCCAAAUACAAACCCAGGAAUUUUCAGAAUCUUUGUUCUCGAUCAAUGAACUUGAAGGUCAGAUCAAGCGCUUGGAGAGAGAAUUGGAAAAUCAGACACGUGAAUACCAUGAUGAAUUCAAUGUCAUCAAACAUGCCAAUGUUCAGUUGGAACAAAUUGCUAUAGAAGCAAAGGAAGUAUUAAGUAAAACAAGGUGGAAAAGUGCUAUAAAAACCGUCAGCCUUCAGGAGAGAAGUAAAAAGUUCUCAAUGGAAAUGGCUUCCAAGUUAGAUGAUAGUGAAAAGAGAACCAUUAAAGCAGUCAAAGAAAUCAAUGAAUUGCGUCUACAGAAGAUAGUACUGAAAGAAAUGCUCCAGAAAUCUAAUGAAGAGUCAAGGCGAAUUAAAGAACAGAAUGAAGAAAAACUGCAUGACCUUUCCUUCCAACUAGACUUAAAAACAAAAGAGAUGCAUCAUAUGUCAAUGGAGCUAGAUAAUAAGUCCACACAACUUGCAGAUGCAAAAAGGUAUGAAGACUAUCAGCAGGAAGAAAUCCAAAUGCUGAAAUCAAAUAUAGAAACACUUAAUGCAGAAAACAAGAUUGCAAAGAAGGCAGAGAGAGAACAACCUGAAUUUUUUAUUUCUGAAAUGGAAGCAUCGGAAGAAAGAAAUAAAGAAACUAAUCUUUUGGAAAAAGAGAUGGCCUUUUCAAAGAGAGAAGCAGAAAAGGCACAUGAAGAGCUUACUAUGAUGAAAGCUUCCAAAGAUCAGCAAGAUACAUUAAUUGCUAAUCUGCUAGCAGAAUUGGAAAACCUUAGAGGCCAGAUUAAUAAGGUAAAGAAUGAUUCCCACAGAGAAGAUUCAGAGAAAGAAACCUUACGAAAACAGGUAUUCCAAUUAAAGAGUGAGCUACAGAAUAAGGAAGAGAGAAUUUCCAGCAUGGCAAACAUCAAGUUCAAAACUCAAGAAAUUUCAGAUUUGAAUCUAAACUCAGCAUCAAUUCAUAAUGCAUCUCAAACGCUUCCUCAUACCAAACAGGAGCUAACAACUUCAGAAGAGGACAUCAACCAUUCUGAUAUCACGACAACAAGUAGUAGAAAAGAAUGGACUCUAACUGGAAAUUCACUGCAUUCCAAGAUGAGCAAUGAAGAAGAGAUUGGAAAGCAGAAUGAUGUUCAUGAAUCUGCUUGUGAAAGGAAAGUGGACUCGAACUCAUCAAAUAAGGAACUGAAACCGUCAACCUCUGGUAAAAGUAAUGAGGACUGUUAUAUUGACCUCCUUACCGAAAUGUCUUCACUAAAGGAGAGAAACAAGGCUAUGGAGAGAGAGCUUAAAGAAAUGGAAGAGAGAUAUUCAGAAAUAAGUCUCAAAUUUGCAGAGGUAGAAGGUGAGAGACAACAACUUGUAAUGACCGUGCGGAACCUUAAAAAUAGUAAAAGAAAAUAGUAUUUUAUUGGGUUCACGACCUUCAUGGCUCUAUCAGGAAAAUGUCGAAUGCUUAACCAGAAAACUUGGUAUAACCGAUUCAUUGAAAAGUAUAGAUAUGUGCUGUCAAAAGAUUAUUUCCUCA